AUGGCUAAAUCAAAGAACCACACCGCCCACAACCAAACCAAAAAGGCUCACAAAAACGGUAUUAAAAAACCAAAGACCUACAAAUACCCAUCUUUGAAAGGUGUUGAUGCUAAAUUCAAGAGAAACCACAGAUACGCUUUGCACGGUACUGCUAAAGCUUUGGCUAAAGCUAGAGCUGAAAAAUCCGCUUAA